CUCUCUCAGAGCCCCCUCCCCCCUGCAUUGCCAUUCAAGACCCCUAGGGCUGCCCCUUGCUCCCUGCCAGGGACACUUGCCCUUCCUGCCAGAUGCCCCCGGGGCAGAUCCCAGGCCCCCUUCUCUGGCCACCCCUCAGCCACGGGGGUUGAUCUGUGACCCCUCGAGAGGUCCCAGGGGGGCCCAGCAGCCCCCUCCUCCCCCCUUUCCUCCCCUGCCCCCAGCCACGGUGAGCAUCCCUGGGCCGUGGAUCGUCCCCCGGCUUCUCUUCCCUGUUUUUCCUUCCCGAGCUUCUGCUUUCCUGGGGUGGGGGCGUGCAGCCAGGUCCUCUCCUCUGUGGUCCCCCCGCCCCUCCCCCUGGUUCCCAGCACCCACGUUGCCACUGGCCAGGAUGUCGGAGAACCAGGCACACGCCCACACGAACCACCUCCCGGGGGCCAACAACGCUGGGGGCGGCGCGGCAGCCGGCGGGAACAACCGGGGCGUGCGCAACCCCAACCUCAACCAGAACCCAUUGAUCAACGUGCGCGACCGCCUUUUCCACGCUCUCUUCUUCAAGAUGGCCGUCACCUACGCCCGCCUCUUCCCACCCUCUUUCCGCCGCAUCUUUGAGUUCUUCGUCCUGCUCAAGGCCCUCUUUGUGCUCUUCAUCUUGGCUUACAUUCACAUUGCCUUCUCCCGCUCACCCAUCAACUGCUUGGAACAUGUGCGGGACAAGUGGCCGCGCGAUGGCAUCCUGCGAGUGGAGAUCCAGCGCAACUCCAGCCGGGCCCCCAUCUUCCUGCAGUUCUGUGAGGCGGAGAAGUUCCCUGGGAUGGUGAUCGAAUCAGUGGGGGACGAUGAGGAUGAGGAUGAGGAGGAAAUGACUGUGGAGAUGUUUGAGAAUAGCUCUGUUAAGUUUGAGCUGGACAUCGAGCCCAAGGUGUUCCUCAAGCCAUCACGGGUGAGCAGCACGGAGGGGCUGACCCAGGCCUCCCACAACGAAAGCCAGGAGUUCUCCUUUAGCGAGGCGCCCACUAAAGGUAUGCAGCCGCUGAGUGAGACCGUGUCCGAGUUUGAGAUGCUAGCGAGAGCAGUGUGGCCACAGGAAGAGUACAUUGUGGAGUAUUCUCUGGAGUACGGGUUCUUACGCCUGUCUCAGAGCACCCGUCAGCGCCUGAGCAUCCCGGUCAUGGUGGUGACGCUGGAUCCCACCAGGGACCAGUGCUUCGGAGACAGAUUCAGUCGCCUGUUGCUGGAUGAGUUCCUGGGCUAUGACGACAUUCUGAUGUCCAGUGUGAAAGCGUUGGCUGAAAACGAAGAGAAUAAAGGUUUCCUUCGCAACGUGGUGUCUGGGGAGCAUUACCGCUUUGUCAGCAUGUGGAUGGCCAGGACAUCGUACCUGGCAGCCUUCGUCAUCAUGGUCAUUUUCACUCUGUCCGUCUCCAUGCUGUUGCGCUACUCUCACCAUCAGAUCUUUGUCUUCAUUGUGGACCUGUUGCAGAUGCUGGAAAUGAACAUGACCAUUGCAUUCCCUGCUGCUCCCUUACUCACUGUCAUUUUGGCUCUAGUAGGCAUGGAGGCCAUCAUGUCGGAGUUCUUCAAUGACACCACCACUGCAUUUUACAUCAUCCUCAUUGUGUGGCUGGCUGAUCAGUACGACGCCAUCUGUUGCCACACUAACACUAGCAAGAGGCACUGGCUCAGGUUCUUCUACUUGUACCAUUUUGCCUUCUAUGCCUACCACUACCGCUUCAACGGACAGUACAGCAGCCUGGCUCUGGUCACCUCCUGGCUUUUCAUCCAGCAUUCCAUGAUCUACUUCUUCCACCACUAUGAGCUGCCGGCAAUCCUCCAGCAAAUCCGCAUCCAGGAGAUGCUGUUGCAGAACCAGCAGGUGGGUCAGGGCACCCAGACCACGCUGCAAGACAACCUCAACAACAACACCACGGCUGCACCCAUUGACGUGGGCACCAGGCGGCCCCACCUGCCCACCGGUCCCUCUGUUGAAAGCAGCAGCCCCAUCUCUCUGGCUGCCGGUGAGGGCCCGGGGGCUGGCGCCGCUGCGACCACCUCUGCCAUAGCGAGCGAUCUGAACUGGGUAGCCGAGACGGCCGCCAUCAUUACGGAAGCCUCAUUCCUGUCUGACCUGAGCCUCUUGGAGCCGAACAUGGUGCACGAAGCCAUGGCCAAUGGGAGCCCGCAGGAUGCAGCUGCUGCUGCUUCGAGCUUGCUAGCCCGAAUUCGAGUCAGCAGCGACCGUCCAGAGGCUGCUGGUGGCUCUAUCACGAUUGAGGUCACUUCGACUCCUCCAGUGGUGACUGCGCCAGCCGUGCCUGCUGCUGCAGAAGACGCACCGGCUCCCCCUCUUGCCGCUGCUCCCCCUACCCCAGUGCAGGAGGAUGGAGCCCCUGUCCCCAGUCCUGCCUUCCCCAAGCAAACUGAGGCUGCAGAGGGGUCUCUCAGCCAAGCAGAGCAGAGUGGCAAGGACUGUGUUGCAAGCAGCACCCGGGCAGAGACAUUGGGGGCCUCUGUGUCAGGUACUGAACUGCUCCAGCAUUUGGAUGUGAGUAGUGGGAACCCUGGGGAGACCAGCACGUGCCCUGCAGCAGCUGGUGGGACAGCCUGCUCUGACCCAGACCAUGGGAGCCUGUCUUGAGUCCUCUCCUUCAGGGACUCCUGGCGGGCUGGAAGGGAUUUCUUUUGUUGUUUCUCAUCUCACCAUCCCAACCGUAAUUCCUCUCAGUGGAAGCACAGCCUUUGGGGCAGAGCAAUGGUGCAGGAAAUUUCCCCCCAGAAAGUAAAUGUGUGAGAACAAAAGGGACUGAUAAGCCUGGGGUCUUUUGUUCUCCAGCCUCCCCUGCAGCAAGGGAGAAGCCAGCCAUCCAGAGAAGCCAUUCUUCAGAGCAAGCCCCGCUUCUCUUGCACUGUGGGCAAACAGAGCUCCAGCGCUGGUCAUUUUGCCUCUCUGGUGUCACACUACAGGUCUCCCUGCUCAAACCCCAGGAGGGUGGGCAGCUCUCAGGAGGGAGGGCUCCCUGUGGUACUCCCCAGCCCUGUUUGCCUUUGCCAGCGUCCUCCAGUUUGCGAUAGAAUUACUCCUUUUUUUUUUUUUCCUUCUGGGUUUCAACCAAAACCAAGCAGGCGUCGCAUCAAACGCAGCCCGUUUGGAGAUGGGCGUAGAGGCUGGGGGAGGCUUACUGGCAGGAGUGGAAAACCAGACCUCGGCGGUCUUCUGAAGCCACUCACUGAAACCAAGAGCAGUUUCCUUCCAUUGCAAGAGCUUCUAAGAAGCUGGGUGGAUGCUACAUCUGUACUCUGGCAGUGUUUGACAGGGCCUUGGUGACUUCGUCAUGUGGCCCCAUGGAUACGGGGUGUGCGUGGGGGGUUGACACCUUUAGCGGUGGUGUACGUUGGCUGCCACAAAGGCAGAAUCUUCCCCAAUUUUUAGAAAGCCGUGGCAGGUGUAAGGGCUGAUUCUGCUGCCCAUUCAGUUGAGCCACAGUCAUCUGACAACAGGCUGCAGGUAAAGUUUCCUCUAGAGAUCCACUCAAGGUGGAGGGGACUGUGUUAGCAAGAUUUUCCCUUCCCCUGUACCAGAUUUAAUUACGCUAGUGAGAAGCUGGGUUCAACCUCAUCUGUCUCUGAGGAUCAUUUUGUGGCCUCUUCCCUCUGCAGUUGCCUGGCUUAUUUUUGGAGGGGUGAGAGCAGAAGUAAA